AUGCCGUCUGGCGACAGCCAAACGAACAUAAAGACGCCGUCUCUCAUGCAACGCCCCCAGAGCUGUGGUAUUGAUAUGACUGGUUUCUCAUUUACCAGGCCUGCCAAUCAGCCAAAGGGAUUCUCGUUACCGGCCUUGCCCCGGUUGAGCCACCUCGGCCAUGCUUCACUCGCGGACUCGGGCGUGGGGGACACACAAAAGCAGAUCACACACCAUGCGAGGAAGCCCAGGUCGUCCAACCCCAUAGCCGACCCUGGACAGCAAAGCCUUGAACAAUAUCUUGGGAAAAGUACCUCAAGCCCGCAGUCACCACCAUUAGGAUGCUCCCAUAAUCAGGUAAAGGAGCCAAGGGUUGAUACUACGAGCACAAAACAACCCGAAAAUCCAAUCUCGAGGGAACAGAUCAUCAUAGACCUGGAGCCAGGAAGUGAUACUGCGCUAACAACGCGGGCUAUUGUUGAUAGCGGCAUCUUACCCACUAAGUCACGCCUGGUUUCAUCUCACUCUGUUCGAGACCGGAAGAGAGUUGCAUCAGAUAUCCAGAACUUUUUUUCUCCACGAGCCCCUGCUCGACCAAAGGAUGAAUUUCGAAUCUCCAAAUCUCGCCGAGAGAAUCUUAAGGCAUUUCCUGGCCAGCAGCAGAGAUCAAUAUCGAGCAACAAAUCGGGUGUUCAUCCGCUCACCGAAGAAAACCUGUUCGAACUGCUUAUUGGCAGAAUCAAACAGCGAGAAGAGAAUGAAGCUGCAGCUGCCAACAUUCAACGCCAUAUUGAAAUACAGAACUUGCAGUUGAAGGAGGAAACCCAAGAUCUGCGUACUCGGCUCAAAGUGGGCCAAUUGCACCUGCAAGAAAAGGACACAGAGAUCAAAAAACACCAGAAUCAACUGGAAAACUGGAAGUCGAAGCUUCGCAAGUUCAAACAGGUUGUUGAUGAGAUAGGGCAUGAUCAUGAUGCCCUCAAAGAAGAGACUGAUCAGCUCAAAGCCGCUGCUGCAAAUCUAGAAAAGGAGAAGAAUGACCUGCUCCAAGCCACUGAGGAUGUCAAUCUCCAGAUUUCCCGGGCAGAGGGGAGAAUUGACGAGCAGCGUGAAAAAAUUGCCGAGAACGAAAAAUGCAUUUCUCUUCUGCAGCAGACUUUGACCACGACGGAAGACCAGAAAGAGUCCACCCAAGCAGAGCUCAUCAAAGAAAGAAACCGCAAUACUGCUCUGGAGUCAUAUAUCCAGAACUAUGCUCUGGCUCAAGCAAAACAGAUUGGCUUGGUCAGAGAGGGCCAGGCAAAGCUCCUACAGGAGGUCACUUCAGGGCUGGGGUCAAUUGCUAAGAAUGCGACAAUCUCCAAAGAUAGCAUUCUGUCGGAAACCAGAGCAAUGUUCGAUGAAUGCCGCGCUUCCAUCCAGACUUUGAGUGAGGAGUGUUCCUAUAAGAAGGUGGAAAUCGAGGGAUUUACAGCUGAUGCUCGAGAUGCGGCUUCUCGAAUCGACGGGUUGGCGAUGAAACUUACAGAUAGCGUCGAUAACAACACCAAGGUCAAUGUCGGCGUAUCUGGGUGCAUUCAAGAGAGCUUGCACGCAAUCCACACUCAUGUUGGCAUCAAUUCGCAACUUUUCAAGCAGCUUGCCGAUUGUGAUACAUCUUACGGGCGGCUGAAAGACAAGUUUGAGACCGUUGGGCCUACAUUGAACAACCUCAAUGCAUUAAUCAAGUCCACUAUAGCUUCCGAGAGCAAACUUGCUCGGCAAAUCGAGGACCUUGGCGAAAAGCUAGAGGAAGCCCAAAUGCCGAAGGGUAACCCAGAACUGGAGGGACAGUUGAUGAAAAAACUCACUGAAAAUACGCAGCUGCAGCUCGAGCUUGAAAGAAUGUCCUCGGAGGUUGACUCUCUCAAACAGCAGUCAGGCGAGAAGAAUGCAAGAAUCAGAGACUUGCAGCAAUCCUUGGCGGAGACGAUCAAGAGACAGGAAACAGCGGCAGAUCGCAGCCAAAGGUUGGAAAUCGAGAACACGGCCUUGAGGGGUCAGGUCGAGCUGAGCGAUCAGAGAGCCCGGCAUGAAUUGACCACCGAGCAUGCUGCCUCAAGAGACCAGAUGAAAUCCCAAUUUGAACAACAAUUACAGAUUAUUCAGGUAGAGAGGGAUGAGCUCAAAAAUGGCACAACAGUCAUAAUGAAUCAGCUUAGUGGCGUUCAGAAUGCCUUGAUCGAAGCCAAGGAGCUAGUUGAUGAGCAGAGAAAACUGCACGAGGCUAUGGCCAAAGAGACAGAGCAAGAGAUCCAACAGCUGACUAAAUCUUGCACUGAACAUACGGCUCGCGUAGACUCUCAGACACUCGAGAUACAGAAGUACCAAGAAUCAGAAGUUGCAUCGUGCAUGGAAAGAAAUGACCUUCAAGAGCAGCUCAGGAAGGCUCAGGAAAGGAUUCACGAGCUCGAACAAACAUUGGUCACUCCAGCUGGACUGGAAUGCCCGCGAGAGCCGUCAGCCAACAUUGUGCCUUUCGCAACUAUCGAAAGCCGAUUCUCGCCACAGCGAGCCACCUCGCCGUACGGCGAUCCAGGAGCAUUUGCUAUGCUCUUCAUGUCGGAUGAGUUUUUGCUUUCGACUCCCCUUCACAAAGGAAGCAGCAACAGGGAUUCGCCAAGCCGACCAGAGGAUGUCAUGAACGAUAGCCAAACGCAGCCUGAGGUCGUCGAUCCGGCUAAGGUCUUUGAUAUUCCUCCGGACAUAGACCCGCCUCCACCCCGAAUCAACACCAAGCGCAAAGCAGUCAACUUUGCCCCACGGCGAAUCGAAGGCAGUGGCGGUAAUACAAACGGGGCUGUUGAUGCCCAGACUACUUCAACCGAGGUCCAGAACUCGACACGGGCUGAGAAGGAUGUGGAGGAACGGAUCAACAAACUUACGAAGCAUACCCACAAAUGGACUUACAGCCGUUCUCAUGCUUCGAAUACACAGUCGUACGCCGAGCAAGUCCGAAGGGUCUCGUCACUGCGAGCAGCAUCAGAGAAGCAGGUGGCCGAUCCAAUGCUCGAGGUCGCGGCAGGCGGCGUUCGCGAGGGGGUCGCUACAGUGCCCGAUUCAGUCAAGAAGGCUGAGUACUCCAACACUCAAAUCGGUGGAAUCGCCGAAUCGAAGCCAUCAUUACUACUUAACAACCCCCAGCACGACUCGCAACGUCGUUCGAUCAUCGACUGGUCUCACCUUCGAUGA